AUAGGGCAGAUCAAACUGUGUAGCUCUCAGUGAAGCCGAUCAAAGAAGGGACAGCCAAGGAGACGUAAAGUGGAACAUUUCUCAACAACUUGUACUUUUGUUGGACUAUACUGGGACCCCCCCAAAAAAACCUCCUGCCUGCCUGCCUGCCCGAAGAAACAUUAACUCACUACACUGGUUUUUAAAUCUCUGCCAAGCUAACGUUCAACGACUUUUUCUAAACUUUACCUAAAAGAGAAAAAAGGACAACCAUGCUCAGCCUCUGCCUCGUGUUGAUUUUAUCUGCCUCCGUUUUUUCAGAGUCGCAGGCGAGGGAGACGGAGACGUGGGUGCCCAUGAAGACCACGCAGACGGUCGCCAUGUCGACGCGCCACGGCGACCUAGAGUCGUCGGGAGACUCGCCGAACGGCUCGGACUUCGGCUUCACGGACGGCGAAGACAACAAAAACGGCGACGACAGCGACAGCGAUUACUACACGGAGACGCUGUACGACGACGAGGACGAGGACGAGUACGACGGCUUCUCGGGAUCCGGGGACGGAGCAACAACUAUGUCGCCUGUAACAGAGUCCAAGCCAUCAGUUACGCCCGAUGUGAACGACAACAACAUCCCGGGGGCAGAGCGCCCGGUGCGGCCGACCGUCAACGAGGUGGACAUCGUGCGGAAGAGUAACGAAAUCCCCCUGCUGUCGAACGAGGCGGUGCUCGGCGAGGAGCAGUCCAACGUCCUCAUGGCCCACGCCGGAGAGGACAGCAUCUUCAACAAGACGGAGGUCCUCGCAGCUCUGAUCGCGGGUGGCGCGGUCGGCCUGAUGUUCGCCAUCCUCCUCAUCCUCCUGCUCAUCUACCGCAUGAAGAAGAAGGACGAGGGCAGCUACGACCUGGGGAAGAAACCCAUCUACAAGAAAGCCCCCACCACAGAGAUCUACGCAUAGACCCUCAUCUCCUCCCAACACACACACACACACACACACACACACACACACACACACACACACACACACACACACACACACACACACACACGCACACACACCCCUCACUCCCUCGACCCUUAAAAACCCAAUCAUGGCCGGCGUCCGGCCUCACAGUGCCUCAUCAUUCUCACUUUUCUUGAGCGGAUUACCGCUCGCUAACGAAUCAGGAGAGAAGCCCCAACAACACAAUCGAUUGACUGACUCCUCCUACCUGAUGUACGCCAAUAUUAUGGGUGCUCUCUCGACCAAUCAGAGGCUCUGUUCUGUCCUCUUGUCCAUCUCUUUGUUUUUGUUUGGAAAAGGAGCAACAGGAGUGGACCAUUUCCGCUGUGGUUCACGGUGAUCGUUUUUACAUCUGUACACGUACAUGUGUUUUUUUAUUAUUUUGUCCCCAUGUCAAGAGAAAAAACAAACAACAGAACUUAACAACGGAGGACUUCGGAGAACUUUUAAACUCCCUUUUUUUUCUCAUUUCUUUUCCCCGCCUUCCCGUUAAAAAACACUAACACUGUUCAAUGACUCUUAUGUCUCGCUACGGUACACAUUAACAGUCCAGUUAUUUAUUUCCCCUCUCUGUUUUAUUCCUCCUUUUGUUGGAUUGCAGCUGCUCACAUUGCUGUAGAAAAAUGACUUUCAUGUGAACAUUUUUAUUAGAACUUGUUUUAAAGAACUCCUUGUAACGCAGAGAGAUUUCAGAUUUUCUUUUCUAUUAAACAUCCCUAUCAUAAUGGGAAAGAAUUGAGCUCAUGUUGUUUGAUUUGAGGAAAAUGGACGUGGCUGUAACGCCUGGUAGAUUCACGCUCUGUCAUCCGUUAGAGGAGUUAGAACUGAUGUUAAUAAUUACAAUAUUUGCUCAUUUUUAUCCUCACAGUGCUCCUACGAUUACAUUUUUUAGAACCGAGACGGUCAAACAAAGGGCCAAGAAGUGUUUGGAAAUCAUUGUUUCUGCCUUUUUCACACACACAAAGUGCAGAAGAUAAUUAAGUUCAUGUUGUGUACAUUUUCAGAUGCCACCGAGUUCAUUAAAACAACCUUCAAAAGA